AUGGCACCUAAACCAAGUAAAAGAUUACAUUUGGAUUUGAGUGACAAAAUCAAAGUUCUUAAUUAUCAUGAUCGAGGAACAUCUACAAGAAACUUGGCUUCACAGUUUAAUUGCAGCAAGAAUCAAAUAAAAAAUGUUGUUAAAAACAAAGAGAGCUUACUGAAAGAAUGUGAAGAUUUUAAAAAUCGUGGGAUAAAGAGAAAUGAAAAGUUCUGUGAUAUAAAUGAAGCUGUAAUUCAGUGGUUCAGAUGUGCUAGGACUAAAAACGUCCCAUUAACUGGCAUUUCAGUGAAAGAAAAUGCCAUUCAGAUUGCAGAAUCACUUUGUGUAGAAGACUUCCGUGCAAGCAACGGAUGGUUAAAUAAGUUUUGUAAUCGAAACAAUAUUGUUUUUAAAACAUUACGCUGUGAAUCAGCUAAUGUUGAUAAAGAUUUGUGUCAAGACUGGAAAUCAAGGCUUCCAAUCAUUCUGGCAGGCUAUGAAGAUCGUGAUGUUUAUAACUUAGAUGAGACAGGACUUUUUUUCCGUGCCUUACCUACCAAAAGUUAG